AUGUCAUCAAAGCAUCUUAAGGAAGCAUUUAUAGGAAAUCUCAACGGGACCAGCAUUACAGAGAUCUCCUCGGGCCUGGGUGUGACGACUCUUUGCAUCCUAUUCAGAGGAUUGUUGUUUAUUAGCCUCUGCCGUAAAUCUGCUGUACUAAGUAAUUCAUGGAAAGUUGACUUUUUCAUUGACUACAUUCUCUUGGUACUUCCUCUGGUACUGUCAUGCACAAUCUUCUCUGAUGCCCUACACAUAGUUUUGUUAUCUAUUGUGGCACUUUGCUUAUUGCUGUUUUACAUCAUAGGCAGAAAAAGAAAUAAGUCUAUGAAGGCAUCACUUCAUAAUAUCUGCCAGUCCUUCCUGAAUGCACAUGUGGGGAAUGGGACUGUCCCAGCUGUUACAACUUUGCGUGUGUCCCUUAAUGUACUCACUGCAGUUUCCAUACUCGGUGUGGAUUUCCCUAUCUUCCCCAGGCGCUAUGCGAAAACAGAGACCUACGGAACUGGAGUGAUGGACAUAGGAGUUGGAUGCUUUAUCUUUGGGAACGCUCUAGUUUCUCCAGAAGCUAGAACACAGGAAAGAGUGACACUCUCACAUUUUUUCAGAGUAAAAAAGCAGAUUUUGUCAGUUUGGCCACUAAUUGUUCUUGGACUUGCCCGGCUAAUAAGUGUGAAAGCAGUUGAUUAUCAAGAACAUGUAACGGAGUAUGGUGUUCAUUGGAACUUCUUUUUCACUCUUGCAACUGUUCGGGUAUUGUCAUCGUUGCUGAUGACUUUAGUGCCACCUCAAAGAAUCUGGUUUGUAGCCCUCACCAUCAUAAUAGGCUAUCAAUUUUUUUUGGAAGUGACUGAUCUCAAGAGUUUUCUUUUAUACGGCAGUGACAGUCAGGGCACCAGAGUUGGUUUUUUAAAUGCAAACAGAGAAGGUAUUUUUUCUGUGGUCGGUUAUGUUGGAAUAUACAUGAUCGGAGUUCAAGUUGGACUAUACAUUCUAAAGAAAAGGAUGUUGGUAAAGGAAUGGAUCAGUGCCAUCUGCAGCUUGGUACUUCUGUCUUCUGGGUUGUUUAUCAGCAUUACUUUUUUCCAGAUAUAUGUGGAACCUGUGUCCCGUCGAAUGGCAAAUUUGCCUUUUUGCAUAUGGAUCAUUGGUCAGUGUGUGGCUUGGCUGUGUUCAUUUUUAAUAUGUGACCUAAUUUUGGCAUUUGCAGAGUAUAUGACUCCUGGUAGUAAUGUACCAAGCACAUGGAACAUACGCAGCACCUCAUAUUCCUCUGUCAGAAGGGUUACCUCUACCAAAGACUCAAAUAAAGAAGUUCAUCAAUGUCUUAUUGAAGCUAUAAACAGAAAUCAGUUGCUCUACUUCUUGAUUGCAAACAUAUUAACUGGAAUAGUCAACAUGACAAUUGACACCAUUCACAGCAGUAAUUUGCUUUCUCUCUUUGUGCUUGUCAUUUAUAUGUUUUCUAACUGCUUGAUAGUAUACCUUUUACAC